UUGAUUCACAGACUUCAAAUUCCCCCACAAGCAGCCCAUCAGCUUCCACGGUGAUCAGAUUAAUAACAACUAUAGCCUGUGAUCACACAGGAGGAGAUAACCAGCGCUGCUCGUCCUCCGCGGGAUACUUGGAUAGCUACAGAAACAGGAUCAUCCCUGCUCCUCUCUCCUUUUUUCCACGCCUGAUCCACACCUGUGAUUUCCACUUUGAGGACACCCGCUGUAACUACUUGGAUACCUGCGCGUCGUCCUUUAUAAAUGUCGGACUGAAUAUAACUGCUAUGACAGGGAAACUAGCGGAGAAGCUCCCUCUUACCAUGAGCAGUUUAAUAAACACGAUCCCUGACAGUCUCUACCCAGAAGAGGACAUCCCGACGUCUAUGAAUAUUUUCACCAGUACGGAAUCUAUUAACCACUAUUCACAGAUGAACACAGAUAAUAUCAUGGAUCUGGGCAUGGGAAGCGAGAAAGCAAGCGGAGAGAUUCAGUAUGGAUCCAGCUUCCAGUCCAACCGCAGCGGGCAGACUGUCACUUAUCUGGGGAAGUUUGCCUUUGACACUCCUCCAUCAGGUGGCAUUGGUGGCUCUGGCUGGUGCUCUGAUAACAAUAUCAUCAGUCUUGUCAGCGCUGGGAUCCUGGGCGUUUCUCCAUCACCCGGCACGGUAACAACGCAGACAUCAUCCUCCGCAGCCAGCAUGGGCGGACAGACUUCAGAUAUGGAGCAGGUUUAUGGUCCGCCACUGCCUGCCUAUUCCACCUGCAGUGACCUGUACCAGGACCAGGUCUCCUUCCACCACAGCCCUGCCACCAGCACGGCUCUAGGCUACCCUGGCAAUGACUAUCACUCCACAUCCAAAGGCUCCAUGGAUGGCAGCCUUUUCUCCAUGAUCCCUGACUACAACCUUUUCCAUCAUCAGGGGGAGGUUGGUGUGAUGGAGCACAAGCCCUUCCAGACCAUGGACCCCAUCCGAGUCAACCCUCCACCCAUCACACCCCUGGAGACCAUCAGAGCAUUCAAAGACAAGCAGCAGAUUCACCCUGGUUUCAUCGGCGGGCAGCAGCACCCUCCUCAGCACCACCCACCGCCACAGACACUCACCCUCAAACCCAUCCGACCACGGAAGUACCCAAACCGUCCCAGCAAAACCCCUGUCCACGAACGGCCGCACGCCUGUCCAGCAGAGAACUGUGACAGACGCUUCUCGCGCUCAGACGAGCUCACGAGGCACCUUCGCAUCCACACAGGUCACAAACCCUUCCAGUGCCGAAUAUGCAUGCGCUCCUUCAGCCGGAGUGACCACCUGACCACACACAUCCGCACACACACAGGCGAGAAACCCUUCUCCUGUGAGUUCUGUGGACGCAAAUUUGCCAGAAGUGACGAGCGAAAGAGACAUGCAAAGGUUCACCUGAAACAGAAGGACAAGAAGCCAGCUGACAAGAGCAGUGGGGCAGCUGGGAGCCACAGCUCGCCACCCAGCUCCUGUGGGGGGCCAACAGUGGGAUCGUCAUGACCGUCACUACGUGCACUUGGACUGGACCCUCACCAUGCCCCAUAAAGAGACUUAGGAAGAAGGGAUCACGUCCGCAAUGAGAUAAAUAGGUGACUCUUUUCCUCUCUUUUACACCCCCUGCUCUUUUCACAUCCUUCUAUUUUGAGAUGGAUGCCUUUAGUUUAAGUAAGAGGGAAGAGGCUGCUACGCCCUUCUCUUUCAAGUAACUCAGAGCCUCAGCUACUGUAACACAGUGCCAACACAAAGAAGGGCACCUUGGUACAUUCUGUCCAAAAGGCCACUGUGUAUCUAUAGGUUUUGGGGUGGAUACACUUUUGUAAAUUUCACUGAGAAUUUCUUAAUUGGAUGGAAGCCAGAAUCCAUCAUAAGGGUCAAAACAGACAAAAAUUACAACGGAGUUUAGUUAAAGAGUGAGUUGUCUGGGAUGUAUGCAUUAAUUUUAUUAGGGUGUUUAAAAGUGCAAUUGGUUAUGUUUGUGUUCUGUCAUGGAUACCUUAUUAGUGGCACUUGACUGUCUUUUUGUUGUUUUUGUUAAAGUGUUGUGUUUUUAUUUUUUAUUUGAAUGUUGUUUUCUCAAAAGAAUGUGCCAAAUGUAUUGUGGUGAUACAGCCAACCUUGUUCUUAUUAUUGUGCCUGACAUUUACCAAACAUAACAGUGAUAUCAGCUUAGCACACAUGUAGAGUUAUCAGAUUCAAACACCGUAUCUCAGAUUUAGAUUUACCUGCACAGUUUGGUUAAAUCUAGAAAACGACUGAAUGGGUUACACAAAGCAAACCGAUGUCUUGUCCUGUUACCUGUACUUAUAAAACAAACACGCCUGCAUCAAAUCACUGCCUUUGCCAAUACUUAUUUAUUUGUAGUCACUGAGAAGACACUGUGUUUUUGUUGCCUUGUUUAUAUGGUGGCUUUAUGUGGUGUUACCAGAUAUAAUUGGUGUUGCUUUUUUUGAAAAGCUCACCAAUACUGUUCAUUUUUUUCAGUUUUCUUGAGUUCUGCAAUUAUAUGCAAUACAUUCAUGACAUAUGCCACCAACCCAUAAAUCAAAUUAACUAAGAGCACAGUUAGACAGACUGAACUACUUAAAUAAAUGACACUGGGUUGCAAACCAGCAGUAUAUAAAAGCAAAGAUAAAUAAGGAUUCACAGCGUAAAAAGGCUUAACUAUUUGGUUUAUGUCACCAAAAGAUGAGCACCGUAUGGUAAGAGAAAAAUUAAAAUGUUCAAAUCCAUGUUUACAUCUUUUCUAAUACAGAGAGACUGAGACUGAGUUGUAAACUAAGGAGUUGUUGUUUUUGUACAGUAUGCAGGUAGCUACAGUAGUUUCACUUUUGUACUCAAAUGCACCAUUACUUAGUAUUAAAUUGUGCAUAUACAGUAUGUGCAUGCCUUCAUGCACACUAUGUAAAUACAAAUGUCUGCAUAAACAAUUGACUGAAUGCUUGUGCGGAAUGUGUCUUAAAGCUUUUAGUAAUGUAGUUAUAAUACAGAAUAUUUUGUUGUGAUAGAUCAUUGCAAAACAUUUUGGAG